AUGAAUAUUUUAGUUAAAUAUAAAGAAUACGAAAAAACACUUGAAAAUAUUACAAAAUAUAAGGAUUUAAGAAAUUAAAUUCAAUAAUCUUUCAAAUUUGCAUAUAAAAAUAGCUUCACUUUGUAUUUUUUUGAUGAAGAAAAAAAUAAAACUACAAUUUCAAACUAAUUAGAUUUCGAGAUUAUUAAGGUAAUCCUUUCAAAUUAUAAUUAGAGUACAGAGAACAUUGUAAUUAUUGUAAAAGAUAAUGAUGAUCAAUUAAUAUAAAUAGAUGAUUUCAUUUAAAAAAUUGAAUAAAAAGACAAGGAGACAGUUAAAAAUUUUAAAAAUUUAUGCAACAAUCCUGAAGCAAAUAUCAAUUCCAAGAAUCGAAAAUUCGUAAAAAGAUAAUAAAUAGAGAAAAAAAAGUAAAUAAGUUAAACAGCUAAUAAUGAAUAAGAAAUGUUUGAAAAAUCACAAGAAAUAAGAAUUAAGAAUUUGAAUUUCAAGAUUAAUGAACUUCAAUAAGAAAUAAUUAAAAUCGAGCAAGAUGAUACAGAAAAAUAAUUAAACGAGAAACUAUUAGAUUUAUAAAAACAAAAAAUCUAUAUAUUCCCUCUUUCUUAAGAAAUACUUGAACUACCAAUUAUUUAAUAAAUUGAAUAAGCAGAAAAUAAUCUUAUAUAUCUCAAUAAAGCUGAAAGAAAAGAAUUGAAAAAAAAUCAAAAUAAUUUAGUUCAUUAAAUUUAGAAUCUUCUUUCAAGUAGAAAAUCAAAAUAAUUUAGUUUGAUAAACUAAAAUGAUGAGCUUGUUAAAAAAGAAGAAAGUCUUUAGAAAUAAAUUAUUAAGGUCUAGAAAAAAAAUCAAAAUUAGUUAGAAAAAUAUAAAAAGUUAAUAAGUUAAAAUCAAUAAUUGCUCAAGGAAUGUGAAAAUAAAUAAUUAAGUAAAAAAAAGACUAAUAUCGCAAACAAAGAGUAAUUAGAAAAGUAGUUGGAUGAAUAAAUGAAGUAAGAAUUAAAAGCAAGAAAAUAAAAAGGAAUCUAAAAUGAAAAAUUGAAGGAAAAACUAAUUAAUUUAGAAGAUACAAACAAUGAAUUUGAAAAUGAAAAUCAGAGUAUUGACUUUGAUAAUUCUUUUUUUGAAAUUGAUUGA